AUGUCUCCUUGGAGGUCCUUCGCCUUGCGCCUGCUGGGUGGCCUUUGCUCAGCAUCUGCUCUGCGGCCCCACAGCCAGAGCGACUUUGAGAGUGGUGAUGCAGAAGAGCUUCGUUCAUCCCUGGUAGCACGUUUCACUGACAGCGCCGAAGCCUUCAUCCAGCAGCUCUCGGAGGUGGAGCUGCGCCACGCGCGAAGUUUGCCGCAUGUGGCGCUCCUGGAGGAGAAGGGGCUACCACUCGCUCAGCAAUUUAGAUACUUCGCCCUCAUGGAGGCGGUCCGGCACAAUGCCUUCGACAUUCCUUCUUCCAUGCUUUCGAAUUUGCGGCUAAGCUCCGAGAGGCAUGAGGAGGCGAAUGCCACGUCCGAACCAGACCUAAACAUCAGCAAGGCCUUCGGGAAUGAAACGGCGCCAAAGCCCUUCCAGCCGCAGGAACUCGACGCCCUGGGAAUCAUCUCCGGGAGCGUUGAUCUGAAGGAGUUCUCCGAUUAUCGCUUGAACUUCGAAGGAGUGAAGCGCAUUUUGGGCAAGCUUCGGGAGACCCAGGGUGGAGGAGAAGUUGAGCUGCCUGGUAGCUGGCUGGAUGCGCUGCUGCUAGACGUCAACAGCACCUACGACACUACACAUGCCUCGUCUAUGUCGCAAGACCGACGGUGCGGCAAAGGAUCGCGUGCUGCCUGCCGUGCCGGAAUAAAGAUCCGGACCGAAGGCGCUGGCAAGCUCGACCUGCUCUCCCCGUCGAUCUUGCGUGAGAAGAUCUUGGAUGUCAUGCUGGACGUCGGGGAUGUGGAGCUCGAGUUCAGGAGAGCUCUGGAUGUCGACUGGAUGCAGGUCGAGGAGCAGGGCGGGAUUUUCCGCCGCUUCGCCCGUGCUGUGGUCAACUUCGGCAAAGGGAUCCGGAACGCUCUGCGAUCCGCUUAUCAGUCCUUCCUUUCGAAGCUGCGGAAGACGGAUGAGGAGUGCAUUGAGAAGCAGCAGGAGUCCGAGUCCAGGGCUGCUGCCGGUCUACCGAACUCCAGUCACAUUACCAGUGAGGCAGAAGCCAGUCGGGGCAUGAAGAAAUCGGACGAGGUUCUUGCCUCCUUCGAGAAGAACGGGCAGAAGUCCGAGGGCGAGCUCGAGAAAGAGGUCCACCUCCUUAAGGAAACUGCCGCCGAGAUGGAGGUGGCUGCGGCGAAGGGCAAAGGCACGACUGAGAAGCUGCAGAGCCUGGAGAAGCAAAGCGAGGGCCUCGAGAAAAGGACUUGCGACGCCAAAGCAGGUCGCGAAGCAAAAGGCUUCCGUGAAGUCAUCGCAGAGGUCACCAAAGGUAAAAUCCCACAGCUUGGAAUUCGCGGCGUUGGCGGCUGGGCAUCGGUGUUGGCGGGAGGACUGGAAGAGGUCAUUGACUUCCGCACCCGCGAAAUUGGGCUUUUCGCGACCGGCGGAGCCGUCGCAGGAACAUCCAUGGUUGGCAUCUCGGCUGGCGGCUACGUCGGCGUGGGGUGGAAGGGCGCCAGGGCUUUGAACCAAUCGCUCGGGGACUAUGGCCCAGGCCCCAGCAUCUUCGCAGCAGUGAGCGCUUCGAUUCCGUUUCCCAUACCUGUGGCAUCGUUUGGUUUGGCCAUCACCUACGAGAUCGAUGGAGAUGAGCGCUUGGGCGGCCCACCAUACAAGCCUCUUACUCGCGAUCCAGGCACCUACAUCUAUGCUGGGUGGAGCUUGAGUUUGGGACUAUAUACUGGUCCUGUGGGCUUUGACGUCGGCUCUUCGUUAGCCAAAGGAGCUAUGCACAUUGACUGCUUCAACGAUAGCUCGCAGCUUCGUUGGCACAUCCCGAAGGUGACGUGCAAGGACUGCGAAAGCGUUAAGAUGCAUGUGGCUGUUACAGCUCUGCGGACGCUCCAGCACCUGGCUACAUUUCCCAUCAUUACCGAUUUCUUCUUCAUUUUUCUGGCAUACGCCAAUGACUGGCCCGAGAAUCGUCAGGGCUUCGAAGGUGCAUGUUCCACAGAACCACACAGCGUUUUCGUUUACGCGGCUGAGAUCCUCCAAGAGGCUUUCGAGGCCCUUGAAACUUUGGAGGAACACCUGAACAAGCUGGAACUGGCCAUGGAUGUGCGAAACUUGCGAUCAGAGAUUCCCCACUCGGCAGAGUUCAAGAAGCUGUACGAGGAAUUGGAGAACCUCAAGGUCGUCAACGCAAGGUUCGCCUCCUUAGACGAUUUCAGCCUGUCGCCUCGGGGAGCCGCCAACAUCACGGGUCCUCAUGGUGCCGGCUGGCUUCGCUUUGAAGACUUCCUCAUCUGGUGGGGCCUUCACGCAGAACAGUCGGCGCGAGCCCUGUGCAGGCAGUUGCACAUGGCGCAUGAUCAGUGCAAUGCGCACGAUGUGUUCGACAAGCUAAAGAUGAACGAAAAGAAUGGCAAUCCCUUCGGCUUCUGUCACAAGUUCGCGAGGGGAUCAUGCCAGCUGGAGAAUGCUGAAUGCAACCUUCUUCCAUGGGGCAGGUCCAAGAAUGGUAAAGCGACGAAGUUUGACCAUGGCAAGAUCAGCGUACUGGGCCAAUGCCUCUGCGGUUCUGGAUACUACUACAAGUAUGACAAUGUUUCUGGGCAUCAUUGCGCCAAAGUUCCGGACCAGGACUUCCGGGUUCAGCAGCUCUUCGCAGAUGCGAGGAGGUGGGUGGAAGUGAGAAAGCUGGAGCUUGGAGGCUAUGUGCGCGACUUGCUCAUCUCUGCUUCGGAUCACUGA